GUUGUGACCUGUGCCAAAGGCUCGCGGUUAACACACUCCUCCCGACUCCCCUGUCUUUAAAUUAAAUACCAGCAGCUCACGUACAAACGCAAACCCUACUUCUCAAUUUCUCAAGCGCUUUUAAUCUCGAUUCUCAAUCUUCACUCGUUUUCAUUCAGGUCAAUUCUUGUCAUCAUUUUAUAUUCUUAAAAAUGCUUUUAAUUUGUCUCGUUUCCCAAUUUUCUAAUCACAACUCCAACAUAUCUUAACCGUUGAGUUCUAGUUAAGUCGCACACACUGACAUCAAUAUAUUCAGUUGAACAAGUGUUUGUUUACUUCUUGGGUUUGUAAGAAAUGAACAAAGAUCGCCCUGAGCCGCUUGAUUUCUUCAUCUGGACUGUUGAGGAUGUAGGCUUGUGGUUGGAGCAGGUAAAUCUUGGCAGCUACCGUCGAAUUUUCAUGGAAAAUGGUGUCAACGGAGAAUAUUUGGAAGGUAUGUCGAUGUUCACGACAGAACAAAUACUUAGGUUUAUAAGACAGUGCCACAUGAAAUGGGGGGACUUCAUAACUCUUUGCAAGGAACUAAGGCGAAUUAAAGUGGCUUGCUUGAAGGGGGAGCAAAGAGUGCGCCGCCCUUGGUGGGCUCCUCCUUGUUUCUCAAUAGUAUUCACUAAAGCUGCGAAGCGCAACAGGCAGGCAAGAGUAGUCUCCUUGAAGCUGGAAGCUUGAUUCGAGAUCCGCAUAUAUGUGCUUACCUUACUAUAUUAUAACGGUCUUUCUAAUGUGUGCCCAAGGGCACACAAUAAGCACAAACUUCCAUGAAAAUGGCUUGUUUUGAUUGGUGGAAUUGAUGUGAAUGCAGGGGGGGCCAUUUACAUUUAUUAUCCAUCCACCAAUCAAAAGCUAGAAUUCUCAUGGGAGUUAGUGACUAUUGUGUGCCCUUGGGCACACCAUAGAAAAUUCGAUAUUAUAAUAUUGUUUUGUUAUAGAGGAAAUACAGACUGGUAGGACUUUACGUCGUUUUGUUUUGUAUUUAUUUUCCUCUCACCCUUGUGUAAAGUAUGUCAGAUUGGUGCUGUUUUUGUUCUUCACCGGAGAACCUUUUCUGUGCAAUCCCUUGAGUAUAUGUUUUCUCUUAUGUUGAA